UUUUACGAUUUCUUCAAAGCCAAGAUGCCCAAAGAAGGUCGUCAUCACCAUCCCCAGUGAGAAACUUCCUCUUCACUCUCCGGUUUGUCCUCUUCAACAACUCCGUCUACCACGCAAUGCUCACUAUAGUCUGUUGAUCUCAUACAUUUCCAUGUUUAGGACCAAUCUGAUCCUCAAAUUACACAUCUCUUGACUACCCAUUUGCGAAUUGGUUUCAAUUCACAUUGGGUUUUUGCCUACUAGCUCCGAUAUUGGCAAAAACCCUAGUGUUUUUAGGCGAUUCGUUGAUGGGUUUUGCUGUGUUGACUCCACAACCUUGAUUCCAGAGAGCUUUGGUUCAGUUCAAGGGGUGGUCUUAUGGUCAUGUUCUGAAAGUUUGGAUGCUUCAAUCUGACUCUGAAGACCAUUUUUGAGAUUUUGAUGUUUGGUUGGUAAACUGUUACCAAGUUUUUGAUUUUUUCUGAUUUGGAGGAAUAGUAGCUUCUCUUUUGGAUUCAGAAGCUGUAAAUGUUGUAACUAUAACUGCCAUGAAAACUUUUUGAUGUUUUAUGUGCUGUUGAUUUAUGGCUUCCAACAAGAAAUCCCGAAUCAAAGAUGCGGCUUUUCGCCGUAUGUUGUCUGUGAUUCUGAUUACUUUGUUAGGGGUUGUUCUAAUUCUUUUCCUCCUUCGGACGAAUACGGUUUCACAUAUAGUGACCCAACAUUCGAAUGAAAUUGAUCAGAAUAUUGAACCGACUAACACCCACUCCCAAUUUAGAAGAAAACUCAUCCCCAAACAGAAUGAAUUGUCAAUUAUGUUGGAAAAGAAAAAUCAGUGGCCCCCAAGAAACUUGGAUUUAUUUCCCAAGCUAGCCAAGGAUCAUAUAACAAUUGUUCUAUAUGUUCACAAUCGCCCCCAAUAUCUCCGAGUAGUUGUUGAUAGCCUUUCUCAAGUAGUUGGGAUUGGUGAAACUCUAUUGAUAGUUAGUCAUGACGGGUAUUUUGAAGAGAUGAACAAGAUUGUGGAAGGUAUUAGGUUCUGUCAAGUGAAACAAAUAUUCGCCCCUUACUCGCCCCAUAUCUUUAAUUAUAGUUUUCCCAGUGUCUCGCCAACAGACUGCAAGGAUAGAGAUGACUCAGUUAAGAAACGUUGCAAGGGAAAUCCAGAUCAGUAUGGAAAUCACCGGUCACCAAAGAUCGUGUCACUAAAGCAUCACUGGUGGUGGAUGAUGAACAUAGUGUGGGAUGGGUUAGAGGAGACUCGUCAGCACUCGGGUCAUAUUCUUUUCAUAGAGGAGGACCACUUUAUUUUUCCUAAUGCUUAUCGCAACUUACAGCUACUUACAGCUCUUAAGCCUAAAAAAUGUCCUAAUUGCUAUGCUGCAAAUCUGGCACCGUCUGAUGUGAAAUCAAGGGGAGAAGGGUGGGAAAAAUUGAUUGCGGAGAAAAUGGGUAACGUGGGUUAUGCCUUUAAUCGAACGGUUUGGAGAAAGAUACAUAGGAAGGCAAGAGAAUUUUGUUUCUUUGAUGAGUACAAUUGGGAUAUAACAAUGUGGGCAACGGUUUAUCCUUCGUUUGGUGGUCCCGUUUACACUUUACGAGGUCCAAGGACAAGUGCUGUUCAUUUUGGGAAAUGUGGUUUGCACCAAGGCCAAGGGGAGAGUGUUUCUUGCAUUGACAAAGGUGUGGUGAACAUCCAAGUAGAAGAGAUUGAUAAGACUGGCAAUAUCAAUUCAAAUUGGGGAGUGCAAGUUUUUGAGCAUCAAACAGGAUACCAAGCUGGGUUUAGGGGUUGGGGAGGCUGGGGAGAUACAAGGGACCAUGAGUUGUGCUUGGAAUUUGCUAGCAUGUAUCACUUCAGACACGAAAUAUCUUCCUGAAGAGUCGAGUAUCUACCAUUUUUGGGAUUUCCAUGUGUUGUAACUGGUGAGGUAUGAAAUUGUUUUGUUGAGUUGUUAAAAGAAAGCACAAAUAAUUGUUACACGUUUGUACCAUGUUAGAGAUAUUCUUCAUAUUAUUUUUUAUUACAUUUCUGAAACAAAAUCAUGUUUUUGAUCUCCCAGCAUAGUAUGGUCAGCCUUUUGGUAUUGACAAUUUGAAUCUACGGAUUUUUUUCUUUUUUUUCUGUGGUCAAGAACUCUCUUCAACCAUAUAUUGGCUGUAAUAUUUUUUUUGUACAUUACUUAUUAAUCACCAAUUAUAUUCUCAUUCUCUA